AUGGUCGGGAACAAAGUUGUCCACUUCCCUAGUCUCUUUCCCAUUCGUGACAUUUCGUGGUGUUUCAAACCUCUCUUCUGCUGGUUACGUAUUUUAGGCAUUGAACUCGAACCUAUCCGGAAUGAGUAUCGAAAAGUCAGUUAUAUAUACGGUCUUGCAGUAUUACUGAUUUUCCAAUGGGCUAGCUUUGACAUCACUUUCUUGAAUAGCUCCGUAUUGUCUGCUAACAAAGAUUCAAACACAUCGUCUGCCACGUAUAGCUGGAAUGUCAGAAUCGACCAUGCUAACCACUUUUGUCUCAUGGCCAUUGUUUCUCCAGCCUUUUUCUGCGUUGCCCAGGGUAGGUGGCUGCGUCUGUGGAAGCUGAUGAACGUGCUUGAUUGCACCUAUAGAAUCAACCAUGGACAACUACGUAAAUUCAUACUGAUUGGAUUCUUUCCCAUUGGAAUGGAAAUCGGUGUAAUAGUCUACAACUUACUAGUCAUGUUGCCAGACUUUCCCAUGCAACCGCCAUACCAAAAAUUCGUGGCCGUUGUUGCCAUGUUGGCCAAAGUAGUACCAAUCAGUGCAAUGGUUCUGUUUUGCUCUGCAGUCUGGCUGACUUGUUUGCUCUACGAAGAGAUUCGACUAGAUGUUCAGAGGAAUUGUAAGAAGAUGAACCGUAAACGCCUCCGCAGUUGGAAGUGCAGUUUGUCAUUGAUCGGCGAUGUAGUCGAUCUGAUAAACACAAGUUUUGGUCUGAUCCUGCUGGAAUCCAUCACCCAUUUCUUCAUCGAGUUUAUUGCACGAUCCUUUUACCUCGUGAACAGCAUUUCAAUGACCAGUGUACCUCAGACAAUUGCUAUUGUUGGCAUGAUUUCCAGGAUCAUUCUGCUUUGGAUCAUCGUCUACAGUCCCUCUAACAUGUACCACAAUGCUAGGAAAGUGGCCACAGCACUUGGCAACAUCGAUAGUGCUGAUAGUGCUUUGCAAAACCAGGUCACGUUAUUAGCAUUGGAUACGAUGCGGAAUUUACGGAAAAUUUCACCCCUAGGGUACUUCGACGUUAACCUUCAGUUAAUACCAAAGUUGAUAGGGACAACUUUAACAUACCUUAUUGUGCUCUAUCAGUUCCAGUCGUCUGAAACAAAUAUCCAAGUGAAGCCGUCGCCGUUUGAAUGACCUGAAUAUCCGUUGUACUCUUCCAUACCUCAAUGACCUACCUAUUCAUAAAUUAAAAAGGACGGACGUCA